CAGGACUCAGGCUGAAAGCCUGCAGCGCGACUGCCAUGCGCGCUCCCUGACAAAAGCGCGAAGUCGCGCGUCCUUCUGGCAGGUUUGUCCCUCGGCGGUGUCCGUAACCCGGAAGAGGCGCGCAGGAGAGACGCGGAGCAAUGGCUGACAACAUUUUCUUUGAGUUCCUCCACAUGGAAAUGGUGGACUAUGUGUACAAGAUGGACGUGAGCAGAGAGGAGCACGAGCAGGUGAAAAUGAACGCCAUCUCAACGUUGGAGAACAUGGGAUUCCGAGUCGGACAAGGGCUGAUUGAAAGGUUCACCAAAGAUACGCCAUCCUUCAAAGAUGACCUGGACGUCAUGAAGUUCCUUUGCAAAGACUUCUGGGUAAAUGUCUUCAGAAAACAAAUCGAUAACCUGAGGACAAACCACCAGGGCACCUAUGUCCUGCAGGACAGCAAAUUCAGUCUCCUCACCCAGUUCUCAAACAGGAAGCAGUACCUGUUGGAGGCUCCAAGGUAUUUGGCAUACACCUGUGGAAUGGUGAGAGGCGCCCUUUCCAAUCUGGGAGUUGACAGCAUUGUGACAGCCGAGGUCUCGCUGAUGCCCGCCUGUAAAUUUCAAGUCGUAAUUCAGAGAUCCUAGAAGACGCAUCUCUUCGACAAGCUUUGCACAUCCUUGAAGAUUCUGGGCACCUUUGUCAGUGGUCUUGUCGGGCAAUGAGAGGAGAUGCAGGCUGAUAGAUGCCAACCUGUGCCACCAUUGCCAUCCCGCACGUGUUCAGCACGAUGGUCGUAGUGGUAGUGGUGGCUGUCCCCAGGAUUCCAGUGGAUUUGGCCACCACAAAUCUGACCAGCGGUGCCACCCCUCAGAGUGGACGCCUGCUCCUUUGUUUUUCUUUUUGUCUCCUUUACAUUUGGUGUUGCCAAGUCCACAGAUGCACGUGUUUGGCUGUUGGGUGGGGUCUCGGCCCCCAAUUUCAAUUACUUUCAUAUCGAAACGACAAGAUGUGCAAAAAAAAAAAAAAAGAGGCCAUCUUUCAGGGCAGUGGAUUUCCGCAGGGUAUUUUUUUAUGAAAUUAAUUUAUAUUAUUAGACGUCCUUCAGAUGACUGGCUUCUGUCAGAUGCUGUCACAAAUAAAAGCCACUUUAGUUUUGGAACACGGCCA